GGUGGGAGAAGGAAGGACGGCGCGGAGUGGUGAGCGGUGGAAGGUGGCAGCCGGGGGAUCGGCGACGGCAGGAGGGAGAGGGUAACGGAGUCCGCCAGGGCCUUACAAUCCUCCGCCAACCAGUCCUGGUGGAACCGUGGGCCCUAUCGGAGUCCUGCACGCGCGCGCGCCGUACCCGCGCAACGGUGACUUUUCGUUGUCCACGAGAUUUUUUCUCACCGUCGAAGAGGCGAUAAUCUCGGGGUCGCUGAACCUGUUUCUCUCUUCUCUCCUCUUUCGCGAACGCGUUUAUUUCGUCCCGUUAACGCGCGCGCGCAUCGUUUGUCCAAACGAUUCGUUCUCUUUCUCUACGAGACGAAUCGCCGAGGAUGAGACCGCCAGGAUCGUAAGGCGCAAAGAGCAAGGUGCAAAAGGUCGAUCGUCGACCGAGGCGAGGAGAGACAAGAGAGAGAGAGAGAGAAAGAGUGAUAUGGAUGACGUGAUGAGGUGAAAUCGCAGCAACUCGUGGUGGUUUAGAUGGAUCGACGCCGGUUUCACGAGACGCACCAGUGGCGUUAGUUGGCAUUAGAGAUAGAUACCCCUAGGGGGAAGGGGCACGGGGGGGGACCACUCCACAUUGAUGGAACAGUGAUUAACGCGGCGGAAAGAUGCGGGGUAGUCCUGCCUUCCUCGCCAUUCUGCUGGGCACGAUAUUCGGUGUCCUAGGUGCAUCUCUGAGCAAGGCGCUCAGGUACAAGGCACCGGACGAAUGCAAGUGGGUCACGACCGGCGACGCAGAGGACGACGUGUCGCUCGUGUGCCGUCUACGUACCAUCAACAGCGAGUUGGAGAACACGAAUUUCAGCGUGAUACAGCCGCAGCACACGGUGCGCCUGCGGCUGGAAUGCAGCGACGCGCUGUUCUACCAGAGUUCCCUGAGCGCCGGGAGCUUCAGGCCGCUGGUCGAGCUGCGCGAGCUCGUGAUCGAGUACUGUAAGAUCGGCAAUCUGUCGGACGACGCGUUCAAGGGUCUCAGGGAGCUGCGCAACCUCACCGUGAGGACGCACAACACCGACUGGUCGGCAAUGGCACUCGACGUGUCUGCCGGGGCGUUCACCGACGAACUUCGACAGCUGGAGAAACUCGAUCUCGGCGAGAACAACAUGUGGGGCAUACCGGAGGGUGCGCUCUGUCCCCUGGUGAAUCUGGAGGUUCUGAAUCUGACGAGGAAUCGACUCCGGGACAUCACGGGUUUCCGCUUCAACGCGGCGGCGAGAUGCCUGACGAACCUCAGGGAGCUGGAUCUCAGCAACAACAGCGUCGAAUCUCUGCCGAGCGCGGCGUUUUCCGGUCUGACGAGGUUGCACAGCCUGGACCUGCGAUGCAACGCCAUCAGCUUCAUGGCGGACCGCGCGUUCGAGGGCCUGACGUCGCUGGCCAUCUUGAGACUCGCCGACAAUCGGCUUGCGAGCCUACCGCCGGAGCUCUUCAGCGACGCCAAGGAUCAUAUACAGGAGAUUCAUCUCAGGAACAAUACGUUGAGCGUCUUGCCGCCCGGUUUGUUCAGCGAAUUGUCGCGGCUGCUAGUGCUAGACCUCUCGCACAACGAGUUAACAGCGGAAUGGGUGAACGCGGCUACGUUUACUCGUCUGGUGCGUUUAGUGGUGUUGGAUCUCUCGAGCAAUCGUAUCGCGCGGCUCGACCCGACCGUUUUUCGCGAUCUAUACAGUUUGCAGAUACUGCGGUUGCAGGAAAAUCUAUUAGAGAGCCUGCCGGAGAACACGUUCUCGGCACUCUACAACUUGCACACAUUGCUGCUAAGUGACAACCAGUUGACCGUCAUAGACGCCACCACGUUGAGUGGCCUUUACGUGCUUAGUCUCCUCUCGCUGGACAAUAACCGGUUGCACACGAUACACCCGGGCUCUCUCAGAAACGCUUCGUCUCUACAGGACUUUCAUCUUAACGGUAAUCGGCUGACAUCGGUGCCGGACGCAUUGAAAGCCACUCCCCUCCUGCGCACCCUCGACCUCGGCGAGAACCUCAUCUCCGAGAUACCGAGCGGCACCUUCGACCACGUGGCGCAGCUGUACGGACUUCGAUUAACUGAAAAUCAUAUCGGCAAUCUCACGAAGGGCGUCUUCGAUCGUAUCAAAGAGCUCAAGAUCCUGAACCUCUCACGAAACCGCAUACAGUACAUCGAACCCGGUACCUUCGACGAGAAUCUGAAUCUACAAGCGAUACGCCUCGACGGCAAUCAGCUGACCGACAUCGCCGGGCUCUUCACCAAACUCCCGAAUCUCGUCUGGCUCAACGUGAGCGAUAACAAGCUCAAGUGGUUCGACUACGCGAUGAUACCGACCGGGCUGCAGUGGUUGGACAUACACUCGAACGAGAUCCGGGAGUUGGGCAACUAUUUCGAGAUUGAAACGCAGCUGCAACUGAGUACCUUCGACGCGAGCGAGAACAAGCUCACGGAAAUCACCGGCAACGCGAUCCCCAUGAGCGUCGAGCUGCUGUUCCUCAACGACAAUCUCAUCUCCAAAGUGCAGAGUUAUUCGUUCUUCAAGAAGCCGAAUCUGACGCGAGUCGAUUUAAAGGGCAACCAGAUACGGAAUCUGGAGCCCUACGCGUUGCGCAUCAGUGCGGUACCGUCGGACCGACCGCUGCCGGAGUUCUACAUCGGCGACAAUCAGUACCUGUGCGACUGCACCAUGGAAUGGCUGCAGCGUGUCAAUCGGCAGAAUCAAACGCGCGUGCAGCCGCGCGUCAUGGACCUCGAGAGCAUCUACUGCAAGCUCCUGUACGACCGCGAGCACGCCUUCGUGCCGCUGGUCGAGGCGUCGCACUCGCAGUUCCUCUGCAAGUACGACACCCACUGCUUCGCGCUGUGCCACUGCUGCGACUUCGACGCGUGCGACUGCGAGAUGACGUGUCCGAACAACUGCACGUGUUACCACGAUCAGUCGUGGUCGGCGAAUGUGGUGGACUGCUCCAACGGCGGUCACGUGAACCGACUACCCGAACAGAUACCGAUGGACGCCACGCGUCUCUAUCUAGACGGGAACGAUCUGCGCGUCGUGUCGAGUCACGCUUUUAUCGGCCGCAAAAAGCUCAAGGUGCUGUUUCUCAAUUCGUCUAACAUCGAGAUCGUGCAGAACAGGUCAUUCAACGGGCUGCGCGACCUCGAGGAUCUACACCUGCAGGACAACAGGAUACGCGAGCUGCGCGGUCACGAGUUCGAGGGGCUGGACGCGCUGCGGCAGCUGCAUCUGCAACGCAACCACAUCGCCGCGAUCGGCAACGACACGUUCGCGCCGCUGCGCUCCCUGCGGAUGCUACAACUGCAGAACAACCGUCUGACCACCCUGGCGAUAUGGUCGCUGCCGGGUUCGAUCGAGAUCAGCCUGGCCGGGAAUCCCUGGUCCUGCGAGUGCGAUUACCUGCAGAGUUAUCGCGAGUGGUCGCGCGAUCCGAGCGUCCGCGUCGCGGACGCGGCCGUGUUGCGCUGCGUGUAUAACGUCACGGAAUUCGAGGCGUUCGGUGACGAGGUGUUCGCGGACGACGAGUUCGGUUUCUCGAUGAGCGCGGCACCGGGCGAUCGCGAGCGCGCCGGCAACGAGAGCGCCGUCUGCACCGGCGCGAUCAGCGUCGACAACGACAUGCAUCACAACUACACCAAGACCAUUAUCGAGAAGCAGGUCCUGCAGGAUUAUCUACCGCUGCUGGUGGCCACCUCGGCCAGCUCGCUCGUCGUCAUACUUCUGUGCAUGCUCGCUUUUGUGUUCCGUCACGAGCUGCGCGUGUGGUUUCAUUCGCGUUUCGGCGUGCGGAUAUUCUAUCGGAAUAACGAGGUCGACCGGGACGAUCGGGAUAAACUGUUUGACGCUUUUGUGAGCUACAGCUCGAAGGACGAGGCAUUCGUCGCCGAGGAAUUGGCGCCGGUGCUCGAGAUGGGCAACCCCUCGUACAAACUGUGCCUCCACUACCGGGACUUUCCGGUCGGCAGCUUCAUAGCCGACACUAUCGUCCAGGCAGUGGAGUCGUCGCGCAGAACGAUAAUGGUGCUGUCGGAAAACUUCAUCAAAUCCGAAUGGUGCCGCUUCGACUUCAAAUCGGCGCACCAUCAGGUGCUGAGGGACAGAAGACGCCGGCUGAUCCUCGUGCUGGUCGGCGACGUGCACCAGCGCGAUCUCGAUCCGGAUAUACGGCUGUAUCUAAAGACGAACACGUAUCUGCAGUGGGGCGACAAGCUCUUCUGGGAGAAGUUACGAUUCGCGUUGCCGGACGUGCCGAACAACCAGCGCGCGACGCAGAGGACGAGGCAACCGCCGCCGGUCCGACGGCAGCACAACAACAGGACGUCCAAUGGAUCGCGCACGGUAUCCGUCCACAUAUGAACCGCUCGUUGCAGUCAAAUCCGAACGCGUCGAGUGUCGUUCGUGUCGAACGAGGCACUUGGCCGCGAGGGUACAACGGGAGGGACACGGGCUUUACGUUGGAGUAUCUUGUAUGCUCGGAGCGCAACUUCAAAGCGCGUACUCGGACGGUGUGCAAUACGAUGAUAUAUUACAGAGUGUGUAAAUACAAACGGAGGGUUUUAUGUAUAAAAUAGAGCGUGACCGCGAGGCGUGAUAAGAAGGCGUGUACAUAGACGGUGUGUGAUAAGAGUGAGAAGAAAUUUCAGACGCGCUCUCACCUCGUGCGGAAAUGUAUAUCCGGUGUGCGCGUGUGUGUGUGUGUGUGCAACACACACACGCAGAUUCUGUUGUAAAUUUAUUGCAGCGCGUCUGGAUGAGAGUAGUUAGCUGAAACUCGUUGUAAAUAGGACGUCGUCCGCUCGGUCGCGAAUCACGACCGGGCCGGCACCGUUAUUCGGCUCGUGGAACGUGCGACGAUUACGUUGGGUGCGUAUACGUAUGUGAAUGUGUAUGUGCCGUGGUCGUGGAGCGCAAGAGAUGAGAGCCUGCAGAGCCCGUCGUGCUUCUGGUAGCCCAGCGGUGUGAUCGUGUGCUUAAAAUUCGCCGCUUCUUAUCGUUAUGCCGCCCGUUCGUGGCGUCGUCGAGAUCGGCGACGUUAUUUGUCGACUAGUGCAAAUAAUUUCGCAAUCGGAUCGGCAAACCGUACCUGGAUUUUUCCGGGCGAAUAUUGCGUCGGUGUAAUUAUUCGGCAGCUGUCUCGCGCGCGCGGGUGUGUGUGUGUGUGUGUUCCUCCACGAUCAAUUCUUAAAGUAAAAUAUCGCUUAAUAUCGAGCCGAGAGUGUCUCCAGACUCGACUCGACUGUUUAGAUAGCUUGGCUCAAGCCACUGCGCCAACAGUGAUACCACUUCCUAAUUAUAAUUAUUAUGUAUAUUUAAUUGUAUUUACACUUCUCUUCUCUCUGGUUGAUGACGAAUUUCAUCCAGGAAUACGAGCUUACGAGCAUCACAGCGGUAAAAGCUGACGCUCCACGGUGAUAACGAAAAAAUUCUGAGCGCGCGAACAUUGUAAAGUAUUACUUUAGUCUUAUUUAUUUCGUUCCAAUCGAUAAAGAGACUUUUUAUGCGAUUUGAAUGCAUCAUGUUUUAUAAAACGCGAGAGUGAUAGAAAAAUGGAGAUAACAGUGUAUAACAACGAAGCUCGCUUGCCGUCGAUUAACGAUUAAUUUAAGAAAACGUAAUCUACGUUGCGGAAUUUCUAUUUGAAUUCGACGGUCCCAUUACUGUCAGGCGUACGUGAAUCAAUAAACGAGACUUUAAGUCUCGCACUUAUAAAAAUGUCUAUUUAUUAUGUACAAUCUCGUAUACAGAAUAUAGAUUGUACGUAUAUAUUUUUAUGAAUGCAUAACGGGAAUACAGUACAUUUAUAUUCAUUGCACAGAUGGCUCAAUCACAUUUCAGUAAUAACUUCAGCAUUACAAAAACGCUGGGAUGCAGUCGGCGCAAGAUGAAACAAACCUCACGUGACGGUAUCUUAUCCGAAAUGCGACAGUCGAAUUCAAAAUGCGCGUUAUGUCAAAGAAACUGAAAUGCUGCUGCAAAUAUUCGAGAUAUAAUGUACAAACGUGAAAUCGUCUUCUUUAGCUUUCCUCGCAAGCGGUUAUCACGUUUCGCAAACUGUUCGACACAACAAAAAAGAUAUUAUUCUAGAA